CAUAGGACUGUCUGGAAUAAUUCACAAGUGCAUAUUUUGUUCUUAAAUAGUGUUAUAGGUAGGGACUGAUUGAGGUGAAUGUGUGAUGACCCUCAGUAUGCUUUAUGUUUCUCUGGGAGAUCCCCCUUUGUUUCGAAAAACAUGAAAGUCUUAUCAAGUAUUCAGCGUGCCCAUGUCUGUUUUACUUUAUCGCUGUGCUUAUAAGGUCUUGGUAAAUAUUAGGUUACCAUGCCUGCUGUUUAUCAAACACCUGGACCCAUUGUUCCUUUGUGUCAUAAAGUUAAUGUGUUAACUGCUACGGGCCUCUUUUGUAAUAUGUUUUUUGCAUCGUCAGAUAUGAUUUAGUUCCAAUUUAAAUCAUUACCUUUUCUUUUAUUGAACUGCGUAACGUGGAGCUAAAAUCCUCCAGUCUACAUCUAGUCUACACGAUGAACUGAUAAGUCAGUCAUAUUUAAAAGGAAAUUACUGAUGGGGGUUGAAAUGAAAAGAAUUUUGAGCUACGCAUUAGUUACUAGCUUUUAGCUGAGUCCCCCUGUCUGGCAUUUUUCAGCAGUCAGCAGUUGGACACGUGACACAAAUGAAAGGGGAAAAAAAGGUCUUUGUGGGCUUUUCCAAGGAGACCCUUUGUUGACACACUGGUGAUAACAUCCAGGUGUAGAGAAACGAGGAAGUGGUAGGAAGACAGGUUUGGGUGGAGGGUGGGGGUCUGAUAGCUAAUGGCGCUUGUUAUUUAGGACCCCUCAGGUGAACUGACAGGACGUUCUAAACCAGCUGCCAGAACAUUGAGCUCGCCUGCCCUGUUUGUGUCCGUGACCAGAAUAUAGACGAGCUUCACACCAACGCAAGCAAGCAGCUGCUGUGUUGCAGCAGAACAGGGCAAAGGUUGUUCACAGAGGAAAUAUGAGACUGUUGUUGUGUGUGAAUUUUUAUAUUUUAUUUUUAUUUAGUUUUUCUGUGUGUGUGGGGGGGUGUGUGUGUGUGUGUGUGUAUCAUAGGUGAUCGACUGAAUUGUAAAAUGGCCUGGACAGGGCUGGCAGGCACAGCUCUUCUUUCAUAUCUAAUCCAGGCCUUCCAUGUGUAUCUGUCCUUUCAUGUGGCUGUUUUUGAUCAAUGACCUCAAAGUCAGUAUCUCCCAUUACACAACUUCCUGCGCUGUUGCACAAAGACGGGUUGCAAGCGUCACAGGACUACUUGUUUUGCCAAGUUACGCACAUGCACGCUCACUUAAUGGGCGUAUGCGUGGUGAGAAAUGACUACGGAGGUUUUGAAAUGCCUUGUAAGGCAAGAGCCAAGGGUAGGGAGGGGAACACUUUGUGAAACAGCUGACCUACUGUGUUUAUCGCUUAUAGCCUUGUGCCGUUUAGCAAAAACAGAAUCUUAUUUAAUCUGAAGUGUUUCGUAUGUUCUUUUGCGAUCAUGAUACCACGAGUGAGUCAGAGCUUUUGUUUUUAAUUAGAUGGGAGGAAGUAAGGGCCUGAAUUUGGUAUGAGGAAGAAGAACAGCUGACACUAAAGCCUACAAAAAGCAGAGGGUGGGGGGAUAACGGGAAUAGCUCUAUCAGUUUUUCUCAAAACCACCAAAAGAGACGGCAGGAGGGAAGAGGUGACACUGCAGUGAACAAAACUGUAGAACAGAGCACAUGCGAGCCUUUGCCAAAGGUGUUGAACAGAGAACACAAUGGCUCAAGAGACGAACCAGAGUCCAGUGCCCAUGCUUUGUGCCACAGGUUGCGGUUUCUAUGGCAACCCAAGAACCAAUGGUAUGUGCUCUGUAUGCUACAAGGAACACCUGACACGGCAGCAGAGCAGCGACCGCAUGAGCCCCCUCGGCCCAAUGGGCUCAACUGCUAGUCCUACCUCAGAGGCUUCUGCCAUCCAGAGACUAGAAGCCAGUCUAGCAAAGGUUGAUGCCUCCCCUGCCCCUUCACCAGACAUGUCGAGAACCAUUCAAGGAUCUCUUCCUGUGACUCAGCAAAUGACAGAGAUGAGCAUCUCCAGAGAGGACAAACCUGAACCCCUAGAGCCUGUUGUAAGCCAGCCUGCUGCUUCUAGCCCUACUCCUGUAGCCUCUUCUAGCAGUGAAGAAAGUAAGAGUGACGCCCCCAAACCUAAGAAGAACAGGUGCUUCAUGUGCCGCAAGAGAGUGGGCCUCACAGGGUUCGACUGUCGCUGUGGCAACCUGUUCUGCGGCAUCCACCGGUACUCUGACAAGCACAACUGUCCCUAUGAUUACAAGGCCGAGGCUGCCGCCAAGAUCCGCAAAGAGAACCCUGUGGUGGUGGCUGACAAGAUCCAGAGAAUAUAAAAGAUGAGACAGAGCAGCAGUGGCAGCAACAAUGAAACACCAUUGACAAAAGACUGGAGUAUGAGUGUGAACCUUGGAAAUGAGCAUAAAUGAGAAUGGAACAGACUUGAUUUACAAAAUUACAACCUCAAGAAGAUCACGGAGAGGAAAAAAAGAAAGAAGAAAAAAAAAAAAGUAAAAGAUCCUGUCUGAGGAAGAUGCAUGAAUGAUCACUUUUCUCCCUUUUUUUUUUUUUUUUUUUUUUUUUUUGAUUAACUCAUUAGUUUGUUUUAUCCUGUUUUCUGUGGUGUGAUUUUUUUUUUUUUUCUUUUUUAUUUUUUUUUUAUUUUUUUUGCCGCCGUUCAGUCCGACGUUUUGUUUUUUGUUUUUUCUAAGAAUAUGUAUUGUCUUACCAAGAGCAGACCAGGCUACAUGUCCAGGAUAAGCUGUGCUCCUCUCACCCAUACCAGGCGCCAUUAUUGUGCCAAACCGUAGAAGGCCAUUUAACCCGCGCCGCCACGUGUCAAGACACUGGCCGGUCUCUCAAAAGCAUUCAGACUACACAGAAACAGUCCGUACAAGUUGUGUCCCUCAACCUUUGAACUUCUCGCUCUGUGCUCCGUCGGCGCUGGAGUCGGUCAGCGUCUCCUGCCUCGCACGAGGAGGGGAGGAUUUGUUGCGUUGUCUUUUCCUAGCUUUACCUACCUCACGGCUGCCGCGUUAAGCUACAUUGUCUUCCCUUUUACUUUUCUCGUCAGCUUCGACCCCAUCAGCAGUUGAUCAUCGUGACAGUCGGCAUCGGUGAAUUUCCCCAACCCCUCCAAUCGGCACACCUUGCUUUCACUUUGAUGGGUUUUGAUUAAGGCUGUUUGGAGGUAUCAUGCUAGACGGGGACACACAAAUUACUCGCUGAAGGAGUUCCACCAACUGUUGCAGGACUGUGUGUGUUUUUGUGUGUACGUGUGUGUGAGCCGACGUGUGGCCUGAGGGGAAGGAUGGCACCCUUCCCCCGUGGGUCUGGUAGGGUGAAUGUAGGCUUCAAUACUGUAGGGGCAUGAAUGAAUGGGAUAAAUGCAUGAGUCACUCUUCAUCUGUGUUUAGUGUUUCACAAAUAUCAUUCAACUUAGGGUUUCAGAUGUUUUAUUUGCUGAAAGACAAUUAUCUGUUAUGUUUUAUUAGCUUAUUUUUCUCUUCCAUUGUACUGAUGUUAGCACAUGUAUUCAGUGCAUUGAUGGAGUUAGGGUAUGUGAACCAUGAUUUCUUUUUUCGUUUUUUUAAAUGCGCUAACAAAACAUUCAUGUGAGCACAGUGUGUGUGUGUGUGUGUGUGUGUGUGUGUCUGUGUUGGGCUGUGUGCGUGUGUUCUGUCUUCACCUCUUCCUUAUCCCUUUUGACUGUGGAGCUACCCAGUUUAUCAGCACAUGUUUACAGAACUACAGGAGCAUGCCAGAGCUAGAUUUAUGAAAAAUAAUAGAUACCAAGAUUAGAUGUAACUUCUCAUCUGUCUAACAGCUAUUGGUCUCUGUGUGUCUGCUAUAGAGUGCCGUAGGGGGGAAAAAAGGAGAAAAAAAAAAGUGUGUAUCUGUGUGCGUGAACGUGCACAUACCUGUGCGACAGUGUGUUUUCAUGGCUGCCUGACACAUUGAAACCAAUGUAUGUUUGUGAUUUGUUUCUCCCCCGUAUGGAUGUGUGUUUUGUUUUUGUUUUUUCAUUUAAAGAUAACUGUAUGUAUCCGUUUGAGUUUUUCCUUUCUGAUUCUUAGUUAUAUGCAAAUUUGUACAAAAAAAGAAAAAACAAAACUGUGUUGAUAUUUAUGUAUUACAUAUAAUCUUGCUAUCCAGCAUUACAACAGAAUAGUAUCAUGUAAAUAAAACUGUACAGAGAGACAUUACAAAA